AGUAGCGGGUUGCGAGGGUCCUCCGCGCACUGGCGGGACUUCCAGUGUUGUGGCGGGUAGCGGAGAACUAGCCACCUUCCUGGCUGCGGGCAGGAAACCGGAAGGGGUCCCUGAGCCCGCGAACCUGAAGCGGAAGUGGAAGUGUAACGUUUGUGAGGGAGACAGCUACCUCACUUAACAAGUCUCUGUAGUCUCAGAUGUGUGGCUCUUCCUCAAGUGUCUGGAGCUGAGAUGCGACCCAGGAAGGGAACUGUGGCUAGCUAAGGAGUCAAAGCUUGAUGUUACUUCCAGAUCUCAUGUCAACACUGAGCCCUCAAUUACUGGUGGCAGUUGCUCAGCAGACCCUGGGCAUGGGAAAGAAAAAGGGUCCACCUCGAGCCAUCUGCCUUCACCUGGCUGGAGAAGUGCUGGCUGUGUCCCGGGGGCUGAAACCUGCUGUGCUGUAUGAUUGCAACGGUGCAGGAGCAUUGGCACUCCAGAACUAUCUGGAGGAGCUGCAAGGGCUGGGCUUUCUGACUCUGGGACUUCACAUUCUUGAAAUUGGAGAAAAUAACCUCAUUGUCAGCCCUGCACAUGUAUGUCAGCACUUGGAACAGGUAUUGCUUGGUACCAUAGCCCUCGUGGAUGUUUCCAGCUUCCAACCUCACCCUUCUAUCUGUUCCCUGGACCAGCUUAAGGAUUUGAAGGACAUCGUGACUGAGAUCAUCACACAUUUGAAGGGGCUGCAGAGGGAUCUAUCCUUAGGAGUCUCCCACAGCAUGCUCCAUUCCUCAGACUGGAAUCUUUGUACUCUAUUUGGGAUCCUCCUGGGCUAUCCUGUCUCUUAUACUUUUCACCUGAACCAGAGAGAUGACAACUGCUUAGCCUUGACCCCACUACGGGUGUUCAGUGCUCGGAUCUCAUGGCUGCUAGGUCAAACCUCAGUCCUGCUCUAUUCCUUUAGUGUCCCAGAAAUCUUGUUCCCAGCCCUAAGGGACACUCUAAAUGUCUGGGAGAAGAACCUCAGAGCCCAAUUUAGGACUCAGAAUGACUUUGCUGACCUCAGCAUCUCCUCUGAGAUAGUCACACUGCCGGCUGUGGCCCUCUGACUUUAAUUUUUGUCCUCCUAUGUAGAAGGCAUUCAGUAAGUGCUCAUCUCUGGGUUGGGGGUAUCAAAUAGUGAUCAUUUAAAGUGCUGGUUUUAAGUGCCUGGGGACCCUAGGGAAGAAUGCUGUAUUCAGCUGGCCACAUCAUGAAUGGGAAUAGGUAGUGGCGGUGGUGAUGCUAACAUUAGAAAUACAUAUUGGCCAUUUCUAUACUAGGAGGUCCUUAGUUAACAGAGGUGUCUGUUCAUUUUUCACUGGAUAAGAGUUAGAAGGAAAGAGACAGAAGGGGAAAAGAAUGGUUGUAGAGGACAAGCAGUAUACCCGUGUGUGGUAUCCUACCCUGUGUAGAUAGUGUCUUUAGAAAAGGAAGACUGGGUCCUUUCUGUAUGUUUCUGUACCUCCAACUGAAUUGGUCUAAGGGGAGUAGACCAGGAUGCUUAAGUGCCACACUUGUAAUAUGUUAUUUAGGAAUAAACUGAAGAUUCCAGGGAACAGUCUGGUGAGGUAAAGUUUAUUUAUUUAGGCUAAAAAAAUUGAAGUCAGAAAUCCCAAUUCAGUUGGAGGGUAAACCCAAGCUGUAAAGUACCCAAACCUUCUGCGUUUUUCAUUGAGUUGUUUGCUGCUGAUUUUUACUCCAGGCAGCUGUCACAAGUUAUUCAGAUUCUCAGGUUAUCUUUGUUGGCCAGGAAUACUGCCAGUGCUAUAGCAAUCACCACUGUCAGGAUGGGGAGCCACUGACCACAUUGCUUCUGUGUGGAGGGAAGGGAGACAGAAGAAAGCAGCCAUAAGUCACUUAGAGAAAAUAUGGGCAAAAGCACCCCUUCCUAUUCUAGCCCAAUGGAAGACCGUGGGUUGGUGCUAGAAAAAGCUUUUUACUUCACUGUCUCACUUUCUGUCACCUCUCUUGGGAUAAAACCACUUUACUAGUGGUCCCUGGCCCAGGGACCAUGUCCAGUAGGGGCCAAACAUUUAAAUGCUGAUGUGAAAAAUUCAGAUUGGAAAAUAAUUCAGCAAAAUAAUAUUAUUCUCUUUGUAUGCCUUAGUACCUUUGUUGUCCUUCCCUGUCCUUGUCAUCAUGCUGGCAAUAGACUAAAAGAACAUCCUUUCAUACUUGAGUUAAUGCAGCUUGAGAAUCCCUUACCUGAAAUACUUAGGACCAGAAGUGUUUCAAAUUUUGGAGGUUUUCAGAUUUAGUAAUAUUUGCCUAGACUUUACCAGUUGAGCAGAUCUCAUGAAAAAAAAAUCUGAAACACCAAAUACUCUAAAAUCUGAAACUUUUUGAAUAUCAUGUCAAUGCUCAAAAAGUUUUGUAUUCAGAGAAUUUCUAAUUUUGAACAUUCAGCUUAAAAAUGCUCAGCCUAUAGCAAAUCUUUCCCCCAGGCCUUAAGAGUUCCACAGAAAUUGGACUUGGAUACAUGAAUCAGUGUUUCAUGACUGCUGUACUUUCAGCAUGGACUAAAUCAAGCAGAAUAGGCAGAGUAUUCAGAGCAUUUCUGAUUUUGAACAUUCAGCUUAGGGAUGCUCAGCCUAUAGCAAAUCUUCCCCUCAGCCCUCAAGAAUUCCAUGGAAUUGGACUUAUGUACAUGAGUCAGUGUUUCUUUCAUGACUGCUAUACUUUCAGCAUGGACAAAAUCAAGCAGAAUAGACAGGAUGACUAGAUAUUGACAUGGGCUGGCAAAUUUUAUCUGUAAGACUUGGCUAAAAAAGAAAUCAUCCCACCACCAUUUGUACAGGAGGAUGGACCCUCUUACUCUGGGAGGUGGCUGCUGGUUGUGGUUCAGCUCUUCUCGACAGUGCUGCAGCUUACGCAUGCAGGAGAGGUACUCGUCACUGAGGUUGUCUAACUCCGAAUGCAGUUCUCUGCACUGGGGAGAAUAUCAUCGGAGUCAUCAUCAUCAAUUCUAUCUUGAGACAGAACCCAGGAAGGGGAGACUGCCCUGAGUAAGGUACUCCUUCAUUCAUUUUGAAUGAACUAUUCUCCCUUCCCAACCUUCCUCAGAAUUUUUAGUUUGUACUGUCUCACUUGUUUUUCUCUGGAAUGUGUUGCUUUAAAAAAAUUGAUUGUACUGCAUAUAUUACACUUUAUGUAUUGUAAAUAGUUUUAUGUGACCAACCGUGUAUGUACAAGUGCUUUGUAAAUGGGGAGACCCAAAAAUGAAAUUCUUAAAGCA